AGGGUCGGUUUCCUGCCGGGGUAAGCACGUGGUUCCGUAUGUGUGUCAGACAGAGGUUUUCUGAGCUACCCCUCUCUUUUUCCCCCCCAGACAGUUAAUAUUCGUUUUCCAGCACUUUUAUCCUCUACCAACCCACGACGAUUCGAAACGACAACCGGGAGGAGUGUGUGUGUGUGUGUUGUGCCAUCCGAUCCAUCUCGUUCGCGGGUCAUGACGCUCGAGGCGAUCCGUUACCGGGCCGGGUCUCUGCAGAUUCUUAACCAGCUGCUCCUACCGCAGGAGACUGUGUUCGACGAGGUCCGCACAGUGCAGGACGGUUAUGAAGCGAUCAAGUCCAUGAAGGUACGGGGGGCACCUGCCAUCGCCAUCGUAGGCUGUCUGAGCCUGGCAGUGGAGCUGCGCGCAGGUGCCGGUGGCAACGACCCCGUGACCUUCAUCCGGGAGUCUCUGUGUCACCUGACUUCUGCAAGACCCACGGCCGUCAAUAUGGGCCGGGCCGCCCGAGAACUGAUGGAGUUUGCCGAGAACGAGAGCAUGGAGAAAAACCCAGAACAACUCACAGAGAGUGUGAUUGGCUGGAUCGAGGAGAUGCUGGAGCGGGAUGUCAAUGACAACAAGAAGAUCGGUAACUACGGAGCUCAGCACAUCCUGUCUGGUGUUCCCCGAGACUCUGUCACUAUCUUAACUCACUGCAACACCGGGUCUCUGGCCACGGCAGGAUACGGCACCGCACUGGGUGUGGUGCGUUCCCUCCAUGCUCUCGGCAGACUGAAGCGGAUGUAUUGUACAGAGACCAGACCCUAUAACCAAGGGGCCAGACUGACAGCCUAUGAGGCCGUGGCUGAAGGUUUCCCUGCUACUCUCAUCACAGACAGCAUGGCUGCACUCACCAUGAGGGAGAAGAGCAUCACAGCUGUUGUCGUAGGGGCGGACAGGGUGGUUGCUAACGGUGACACGGCCAACAAAAUCGGCACGUACCAGCUGGCCAUCGCCGCAAAGCACCAUGGGAUCCCGUUCUACGUGGCGGCGCCCAGCACGUCAUGUGACCUGAGUCUGGAGAGCGGCCGACACAUUGUCAUCGAGGAGCGUCCCGCCGAGGAACUCACCAGCAUCAACGGAGUACCCAUCGCUGCCCCGGGUAUUGAUGUGUGGAACCCGGCGUUUGACGUGACCCCCCACCAGCUGAUAACGGGGGGCAUCAUCACAGAGCUGGGGGUGUUUCUGCCCUCGGAGCUGCAGGCAGCACUCACCGGCCGUCUCACUGCCCUGUAGACGGCGCUAUCACCACCCGCUGGCCGCCGUGCGCUACUGCACCUUAAUGUUCCUGCUCUCACUCUCUCAUACGACUUCCGCGUCCUCACACACACAGCUGAUGUGGAAGCCUAGUUUUGUUACAUUUACACACACACAGUCAGUGUUCUACAAACUCACACGUUUUACGGUCUCACACACACACAUCAAACGCAGGAACUCAGACACACACAUCCAACCCCCUCCCACUCCUGUCUCUCCCUCUCUCUCCUCUCUGGUCCCUCCUGUGUUCAUCUCCUGUCUCUCUCCUCUCUCUGGUCUCUCCUGUCCCUCCCUCUCUCUCCUCUCUCUGGUCUCUCCUCUCUCUGGUCUCUCCUGUCUCUCUCUGGUCUCUCCUCUCUCUGGUCUCUCCUGUCCUUCCCUCUCUCUGGUCUCUCCUGUCCUUCCCUCUCUCUGGUCUCUCCUGUCCCUCCCUCUCUCUGGUCUCUCCUGCCCCUCCCUCUCUCUCCUCUCUCUGGUCUCUCCUCUCUCUGAUCUCUCCUCUCGCUGGUCUCUCCUGCCCCUCCCUCUCUCUCCUCUCUCUGGUCUCUCCUCUCUCUGGUCUCUCCUCUCUCUGGUCUCUCCUGUCUCUCUCUGGUCUCUCCUGUCCCUCCGUCUCUCUGGUCUCUCCUGCCCCUCCCUCUCUCUCCUCUCUCUGGUCUCUCCUCUCUCUGAUCUCUCCUCUCUCUGGUCUCUCCUGCCCCUCCCUCUCUCUCCUCUCUCUGGUCUCUCCUCUCUCUGGUCUCUCCUCUCUCUGGUCUCUCCUGUCUCUCUCUGGUCUCUCCUGUCCCUCCCUCUCUCUGGUCUCUCCUGCCCCUCCCUCUCUCUCCUCUCUCUGGUCUCUCCUCUCUCUGAUCUCUCCUCUCUCUGGUCUCUCCUGUGUUCAUCUCCUGUCACCGACAGAACGAACCAGUCUCCUUCAGAAGAACUGGCCUAUACUACAUCCUAAUCAGAUUUCAGAGUUCUCCGAACAACGUUAGGAAUGAAAAAUUUAACAGUUAUACCCAAUCACAAUAUUAUAUAUUCACAUGUAGUUUUCUCUGGAAAAGUGUUUUAUAGAAAUGUGAGUUUAAGAAAAUUGAUGUUGAGUCUCAAAUAGCACCUUAUUCCCUUUAUAGUGCACUAUUUGACUACAGCCCAUAGGCUCUGGUCUAAAGUAGUGCACUAUAUAGGGAACAUGGCUCUGGUCUAAAAUAGUG